UGUGCUUCUUCCCGCAGCGCCGACGGGCCCAGCAACAUGUCCUACGUGAAGGAGACUGUGGACAGGCUGCUCCAAGGCUACGACAUCCGCCUCCGCCCGGACUUCGGAGGUCCGCCCGUGGAUGUGGGCAUGCGGAUAGAGAUCGCCAGCAUCGACGUGGUCUCGGAAGUCAACAUGGACUACACCUUGACCAUGUACUUUCAGCAGUCCUGGAGGGACAAAAGGCUCUCUUAUUCUGGAAUACCUUUGAACUUAACUCUGGACAACAGAGUGGCCGACCAGCUCUGGGUGCCGGACACGUAUUUCCAAAAUGACAAGAAAUCAUUUGUCCAUGGGGUGACAGUGAAAAACCGAAUGAUCCGACUCCAUCCAGAUGGGACAGUCCUUUAUGGCCUACGGAUCACAACAACAGCUGCUUGCAUGAUGGAUCUACGCAGAUAUCCUCUGGAUGAACAAAACUGCACACUAGAAAUUGAAAGUUAUGGAUACACUACUGAUGAUAUUGAAUUUUACUGGAAUGGAGGAGAGUCAGCAGUGACAGGAGUUAAUAACAUCGAGCUCCCACAAUUUUCUAUUGUGGAUUACAAGAUGGUAUCAAAGAGAGUGGAAUUUACAACAGGAGCAUAUCCUCGACUCUCACUUAGCUUCCGGCUUAAAAGAAAUAUUGGAUACUUCAUUUUGCAAACCUACAUGCCUUCCACGCUGAUCACAAUUCUGUCAUGGGUGUCUUUUUGGAUCAAUUAUGAUGCCUCUGCAGCCAGAGUUGCUCUAGGAAUCACGACUGUGCUGACCAUGACCACCAUCAGCACCCACCUCAGGGAGACCUUGCCAAAGAUUCCCUAUGUCAAGGCAAUAGAUAUUUACCUGAUGGGAUGCUUUGUGUUUGUGUUCCUGGCCUUGCUGGAAUAUGCCUUUGUAAACUACAUAUUCUUUGGGAAAGGACCUCAACGUCAAAAAAAGACAGCAGGCAGAGCAGGACAUGCUACAGGAGAGAAGAGCAGACUGGAAACAAAUAGAGUCCAGGUUGAUGCCCAUGGAAACAUGCUUCUGGAGCCUCUUGAGCUACGAAAUAACAUUUGCACCAUCUUCCAUGAGCCCCGAGCCACCGGGCACACGAGCGACAGUGCCAACCUGCAGCACAGAAGAGCCACUUCCAGCAGAGACCUCUGCAGCAGGAGUGCUCUGGACAGGCACAGGCUCCAUAAAAAGGGACACUUACACAGGAGGGCAUCCCAGAUCAAAGUCAAAAUCCCUGAUCUGACUGAUGUUAACCUGAUAGACAAGUGGUCCAGAAUGGUCUUUCCCAUCAUGUUUAUUCUUUUUAAUAUUGUUUACUGGCUGUAUUAUGUCCACUAAGUUAUGCAAUAAUGUUACCACAGACUAACAUAAUUAGACUUGUUUCUUUUCCUUCUCAAUCUCAUUAAUUCUGAAGAACUGCAAGUAGCUAUAAUGUCCCAUGUUCAACGUAAGAUUCUCCAGCAUGGAACACUUCUAGAUUUAAGCUUUUAAAAAGAAAACAACAACCCAACACAAAUCCAGGGUUGCAACAUUUAGAUCAGAACAGUACAGAUCAGCUCUUAAGGAGCCUCUUGAGAAAAAUUGCUCUACCUUGAUUUUUACAAAGUUUGUGCAUCACCCAUGACCUUUCUGCGCCAAAUUUAAUUUUUUUAAGUGGAAAUUUGUCCCACUGUAUUUCUUAUCAUAUAUUGGCAGCUUACAGCAGCAUGCUUCCAAACAACACAGUCAAACUACUAGCAGUAGCUAUGUCACUGUCUUUCACCACUCAGAGCAAAGAGAAAUUUGAAGAAAUUACAGUUUAAAGAAUUGUAACUAUUGCACCAUGCUUCACUUCAAACUUAAUAGCUUUACUGGGAAGUAUUUCCAUAGUGUGUUUGAGAAAUAUCACUCAAGGAGAAGUCAAAUAACAUUUUCAUAGACAGAGAUCUUCAAAAGAAAAAAGGUAGCAGAGAGAAAUCCCACGGAGUAUCCAAGCAAGUAAGCAGCUGAUUUGAUCUUAAUGGAAUUCUGUUAUUUCCACAAUAACAGAAGUAAAGUCGAUAUUUAUCAGAACAGUUGUACCAUAUGUAAUUUUGUGUUAAAAAGUAGAAAAAAAACACAUGUUGAUUCCCUGAAUGAACUCUGUGGGAUACCCCAGGCCAAGAUUUUUCUUAAGGCCCAGGUUUCCUGCGGCUGGUAAUUGCAACAUUCUCCCAAAAGUUGGUAGAUGUCUGGGAACAGAUCUGAGGAAAUUUCUGCACACAGAAUUCUGAAUUCCUUCAGAUUUCUUCAUUCCACUGAGAACCAGGAGAUGCAGCUGAGCCUUAGAGCACACUGGGAAUGCUGGUGCCCUCCUCCUGAGGAGCUGCCUUUCUUACCUGGCAGCCUACUGCCUGACACAGCUCCAGGCAAGGAGCCACAGGCAAAGGGCAAUGUCCAUGCAGCUGAGGAGCAACAGAUCAGUCAUCUUCCACCUAUGAUAAAUAGGUAUAAUAUAUAUUAAAUAAAUUAAAUUAAGGAAGUCUUGCAAACUGAACUUUCCAAAACUGCAAAAAAUAGCACCAGGAGGGAGACAGCAGUAGGACCAUAUGUGCUGUCCAUUGCAAACACAUAUCCAUUAAAUAGUUUUGAAUUCUUUGAAUUCAAAUGAGACUUAACAGAGUAAGUCCAUGAGCCAUUGAAUUUGCCUGCUUUGUGCUUAUACACAAAAAUUAAAUCAAAGAAAGUAAUUCAAAGAAAGUAAUGAAUUCUGCAGAUUUGUAGUGUAAAAUACAACCAUCAGUGAUUCACGUUUUGCAUUGCCAGAUUUCCAAAAGACAUUCACAGACAGACCUCAGGUAAGUAAUUAAGUCCAGCUGAUCCAGUGGUGAAGAGAUACUGCAACCUCUCCUUACAGCUGCAGUGAACAUUUUAGAAGAGCCAACAUCUAACAUGACAUCUAAAAGUCUUUAGGUUAGAAAAGGAGGAUCCUUUGUUUUGGAUUACAAGAGCAAAGAUCAGCUUUACUAGUCUUCAGCAUUUCUUUUGCAGGCCCCUAACAUAUCCAUACACAUAUUUUUCUAGUUUAUGGUUCAGCCAGAUACUCCUGGCAAAGUUGAUAGGUACAUGGACUAAAAUCAGUUACAUUGUACAGUUCCAAGAAAAACAAAAAUUAAAAAAAAAGGGAGCAGAGUAAAAGCCAUUAACAAAACAAGAGCAGAGCACAUGCAAAACUCCUUAAGAACAGCAUGUCCCAAAAUAGGAGGAUGUAGCCUUCUGCCCCAGGAGACACUGAACACACACCUAUCCAAACCCCAGCCCCACAGGACAUUCUGGGCAACACACACCAAGGCCUGUCUGCACCAAGAGCUGGAAGCCACCACCACCACCUGAGUCAGGAAACAGCUGCCAGCUCUUGGUGCAAAGUUUGGCAGCAGGGACUAAUGACCCAUCACAUACAGAGGCAAGAGCCACUAACUGUAGGAGCAACUUCUAGAGAAAAAAGCAGAAGAAAUCAUUUCUCACCUGAGAGCAAUAGCUUGGCAGCAAGGAAAAGCCAGUGGUUAUUAGUGGCAUGGCAUGGCAUGGCAAAAUGAGUCCAUUUAUAGGUUACCCAGGCACAAUGCCAUCUGGAGCUAGAAAUUAUGGAGCACAAAAGAAACACAAUCUCUUCCCAUCAAUAAAUUGGAGUAAUUUGGCUGACUUUAUGCAAUAAAGCUGAAUAAUGCUGUAAUGCCAAGUUCCCUUACAGUUGUACUUUAGUAGUUUCCCUACCCUGAAGAACCAGGCUUCAAGAUCAGCACAGGUAAGGACCUAUUGCUAAUUAGGUUUUAGCUAAACUCCUAUGCAGUUUGUGCAGCUCUGAUGCAAUUUCUACUGGAAGUCAUUUUUGGCUGGGUUUCCUGAGGCAUUGAGUUUCUACUGUCCCUGAGCAUGUACAUUUGUGUGCCUACCGGGAGUCUCCCAACAACAUUUGAAUCUAUUGAGAAUAUCAACCAAUAAUUUUCUUUUUGUUCAAAAGCUAAAAGAACAGUAUGGAUCUGAGAUACUAGAUUCCUACAAGUUUCAACAAAGCAGCUAUGUUAGCAGAGGACAAAGCUCACAUUGUCAUCUGCCUCUUCUCUGGCAGAAAGAAACUUGAUGAACUCCAGCCUUAUUAGACACGAAACCCAGUCUUUUCAGUGAAACAGGAAUAUUUUUGACAUUACAUUGCUUUAUGCACUGAACAGCACAGAGGUUGCAAUUUUAGAAUCUCUGCUGGUUCACCUAGUUCACCCUUACAGGAAAUGUUCCUUCCCUUUGUACUGCAAGUGGAGGAUUUCUUGACAUAAAUCACAAGGAAAGUCACCCAGGGGCUGAGGGCCACAUUCCACCAGCUGUUUCCCAUCACCAAGGAGCCUGUUCCCAUGAAUCCUCACAUAUUGAGGAUGCAUUGCUAACACGUCCUUGGGAGUAUUAGUAAAAAAAAGGCUGGAUUAUAUCAGUUAUGUAAAAAACUACUUUAAAAAUGGGUUCUCUAUUACAAAGCAUGACCUCCCCACAUCUGUGACUGUGCAUUUCUUCCUACCUCCUUGGGCACCCAAUCACCCUGCAGCCCAAGGAAGGCAAGAGAUCACACGAGAAUAAUGAAUUUCAGCAUGUAGUAAUGCUGAAAUGUAUAUGCACAGGCUGAAAGAAUUAAGUGACAAAUAAAAAAGGUGGCAUUUUUUAAAAGAAGACCGGGUGACUUUGGUCUACUUGCUGCCUUGGAGUGCAGAGGUAACUCUAAUGGUGCUGUUUGUUUCUUGCCAUGUGUAUUUCUCAAUUAUUUUGUAAGUAACCUUGAAUCUCCCAGAAUUAUAAAAACAUCCCUUCUUGUCUCAUGCUGGUGCCAAUCUAAGAAAUGGCCUGGUACUCACUCUUUUACAUUUUUUAUUGCAAAGUCCAAUUGCAUUUGACUGUGAAUACCAGUGAGGAACCAAUAUAAUUACAUGGCAGCAAAAGCAUGUCAUAUUGCUAGAGAUCAUCUCUGACCAAUUUCUUUUAACUCAUCCCUGGCUCUCUGUACCUGCACUGUCUCAAGCAAAAGUAUAAAAUCAGUCCCACUGUCAAAAUGUAAGAAAGAUGGUUUCCUUUAGCAGAUCAUGCCUUUUGGUGAGAACAUCAGCCAUCUCAUCCACAUCUGUGAACAUACCAGUCUCCUUCUUCCUGUCUCUGAAACUUCAUUUCCUGUUUUGAUCUAGCUGACAACAUAUUACCUGAUUUUUUUAUAUUUUUAGAAGAAACUUAGAAUGUUGUACACUAUAGCUAACAUUUCUGAAACAAAUCAGGCAAAUCAUAAUUUCAAGAAAGAGCUGAUUGAGACUUUGGCAUAGGUAAAGAAUUCAGGAUUGGGUUUCACAAAGGAAGUUUCCAGCAGCUCUCAGAUGAUCCUAUGUCACUCUGGCUCCCAUUUAAAACAAUAUCAAUAGAAAUACAACAGAUCUGAAACCUCUGCCUUCGUAGCCCUCAAAAAAAUCUAUUUAAUCUAUAUCCUAGGAAUCCUUCCCCACAGAUAGUCCAUCAUCAAAGCAGUUCCUGUGGAACUCUAACAGUUCCCAGUUAUAAAAAUCCCCACACCUUCCAGUGCCUUUCAUUACUCUGUUAGCUAAACUAGCUGAGUAACCCAAUGCUUAAAAAUAGCCAGAGCCUUCUCUCUGUAGUACUCUCCUCACAGGCCUGCAAAAAUCCAAAGAAUGAUAUUUGUGAUAUUUGCCUCAUUUUCUAGGCUUUGGUGGGAGUCAUUUGGUCCUUCUGGAGAAGCCCUAAAGCAGGUAUGAACUAAAAUUUUACAGAGGAAACAGUGUAUACCACCAAAUGUAACUGAGGUUGAUUUAAAGUAAAAAAAAAAAUUAUGGACUAUCUUGAUGCACUUAUGAAAGCAUUCAUUAGUACUAGAAGAGUAAAAAUCCCUUUACUGCUGAUACUGCAUUUUAAAUAUUAAUUCACAAAUCAAAAUGAUAGCAAAAUGUGCAUACUUCAGGAUAGGGUGUUACUGGUUCUUAAAACCACCUUUCAGAAGAAAGCAUAAUUAUGUCUCAAUAUGUUUCCCAUCAGAAAGGCUUGCUUCAGAACUCAGAAAUGUUCUACAGACUUAUUUAGAUCUUUUAAAAACACAGCUUCUUGGCAUAUAUAAUUGCUUUGUUGCAAAAGCAGUUUUAUAAACAAUAGUCAAUUCCAUACUGACAGUUUGCUGCUCAUAUGCAGUUCUGGUUCCCUUUAGCAUACCAAGAUCAAAGCUGACAUGGCUUAUAUGAAAAAAAAGAUUUUUCUGAAAUCAAGGGAAGAGUUCUGUGAAACAGAGAAAAAUGCAAUGAGCACUAGCAGAGGGCAAGUAACAUUAUUUUUAUAAUUCACUUUUUAUAUUUUGUAUCAAGAUAUGCUGAUUUUCUGAUUCAAAUUGCAGGUCUGCUUAUGCAAUAUGAAUUUCUGUAGGUGCUUUUGAGGUGGUGAAAUCAAAACUUCCUACAGUGUGUCUAUUAUAUUGUAGGUACUGAUUUCAUUAGCUUUUGGUUCAAAAAGCCUCCUGUACAAAGUUUUGUUUCUGG